AUGGUUGUACAGAAUUCUUCCUGCACAAAGAGGACUGGUACCCUCAAUAAUCAAGCAAAGUUCAAUGCCCUCGUCUUUGCAGAAUUUGUCAAGGAGAUUCAGACAUACUGGCUCCCAACUGACUGGGUAGAUGUGGUCCAUCGCAAGAUGCUAGCAUCUGUACAAGCACAGUGCCCAUUUACUGAUUAUUAUGCUGAAGGUAUCACUGAAAAAGACUUGUGGCAUACAUUGGACACAUGCCAGAAAGGUUUUCCUGAUGGCACAAGUUACAAGGCUCUGAUGGCAGCAACGGUGGCCACAAAGAAGGCAAGGAAGAAUGGUGGUGUAGUAGCAGCAGUAGACAUUGAGGGUGAAGACAACAACACGGUUGCUGUGGUGAUGCCGUCAGCAGUACUAGGUGAUGAUACUGACUCUGGCAAAGAGUGCAUGGCCCCACUACAGACCCCCCAUCUCCAUUGGAAUUGUCUUCUUGACAGACCUGCAGUCACUUCUCCUGUCUCCGUGCAUGCACUUAUUGACCAUGGUUCUUCUUUAGUUCUGAUUGGUGAAGACCUCAUUAACAAGCUGGGCCUAUGA